AUGGCCGCGCUGCGGUUGCUAGGGCGCGGGGCGGUGUCGGGGCUCGGGCUGCGGCCGGGGCCUCGGACUGCGCCUGCGCCGGCCUCCGCCUGCUGCCGCCGCCGCCUCGGGGGCUCGUCGGGGCCCGUCCGGCCGACCAGCGUCCGGCAACGGGACGGCAUCAGGAACAUUACCUUGAAUAAUCCCAAGAAAAGGAACGCGUUGUCACUUUCGAUGCUGAACUCUCUGCGGAAUGAUAUUCUCCAUGAAGCUGAAAGCAAAGAUCUGAGAGUCAUUAUCAUUUCAGCUGAGGGGCCUGUGUUUUCUUCUGGGCAUGAUUUAAAGGAGUUUACAGAUGAGCAAGGCCAAGAUUACCACAAGGAAGUAUUUCAGACCUGUUCUGAGGUCAUGAAAAUCAUCCAGAAUCACCCGGUCCCAGUCAUUGCCAAGGUGAAUGGCUUAGCCACCGCUGCAGGUUGUCAGCUGGUUGCGAGUUGUGACAUUGCGGUGGCGAGUGAAAAAUCCCGCUUCGCGACUCCUGGGGUGAACAUUGGGCUGUUUUGCUCCACUCCUGCAGUGGCCCUGGGGAGGGCAGUGCCCAAGAAGGUGGCCUUAGAGAUGCUGUUCACCGGAGAGCCAAUCUCCGCCCAGGAUGCCUUGCUGCAUGGAUUGCUCAGCAAGGUGGUCCCAGAAGAAGAGUUGGAGGAAGAGACCAUGAGAAUCGCCCUUAAGAUCUGCGCAUCGAGUCGCUCUGUGGUGGCCCUGGGCAAGGCCAUCUUCUACAGGCAAAUGGCUGAGGACCUGGGGACGGCCUACCGCCUGACCUCCCGGGCUAUGGUGGACAACCUGGGCAUGCAGGAUGGCAAGGAAGGGAUCCAAGCUUUCAUCCAGAAGCGCAAGCCCGUGUGGUCCCAUUCCUGGGCUAGAGACCCGGGAAGCCCGUCGGCUAAUCCAAAGGGCUUCUGAAUAAAGGAGGAAGUUUUCCCCCUGCCCACUCUCCCCAGCUGAGGUUGCAAUUUUCCUCUGAAUCUGAAAGGCUAAAAGUUAAUGGAGUGAGACUUACAGAUAAACAAUAAAAUGAAGUGUCUGGUUAUUGACUA